AGCACAGCUCAAAAACCCUAGUAAUCAAUCCCUGAAGCAGAACUGAAAUAAAAAACCCAAAAAGGAAGGAGUGAAUGGGUCGGCGAAAGGGUCAUAACAAACAGAGCUCGUCCAGCAAUAACAACUUCUCCAGCCACCAGCAAGUGACGAAUAUGAUGGUGGAUGACGAGGACUUGGAUGAGACUACUGAGAGUUCCAACCUCGAUGACCCCAUCUCCGAUGAGCCUGGUGAUAGUCUCAUUGGUGCUGACAAGACCAGUGCUGACUAUUAUUUUGAUUCUUAUUCUCACUUUGGUAUUCAUGAAGAAAUGUUGAAGGAUACAAUAAGGACUAAGACAUACCAAAAUGUUAUCUAUCAGAAUACUUUCCUCUUCAAGAACAAAGUGGUCCUUGAUGUUGGAGCAGGGACUGGAAUUUUGUCUCUGUUUUGUGCAAAAGCAGGGGCAAAGCAUGUUUAUGCAGUUGAAUGCUCCCAAAUGGCGGAUAUGGCAAAAGAGAUUGUGGAAGCCAAUGGAUUUUCAAAUGUUAUAACUGUUUUGAAGGGAAAAAUGGAAGAGAUUGUGCUGCCAGUUGCUCAAGUGGAUAUCAUCAUUUCCGAAUGGAUGGGCUAUUUCCUGUUGUUUGAGAAUAUGUUAGAUACUGUGCUCUAUGCACGUGAUAAAUGGCUUAUUAACGAUGGAAUUGUGCUACCAGACAGAGCUGACUUAUAUUUAACGGCCAUUGAAGAUGCUGAUUACAAAGAAGACAAGAUCGAAUUUUGGAAUAAUGUAUAUGGCUUUGAUAUGCGCUGCAUCAAGAAGCAAGCCAUGAUGGAACCUCUAGUUGACACUGUUGAUCAGAACCAGAUAGUUACAAACUGUCAAUUACUCAAGACUAUGGAUAUCUCUAAGAUGGCUCUUGGGGAUGCUUCCUUCACUGCACCCUUCAAACUUGUGGCAGAACGCAAUGAUUACAUCCAUGCUCUGGUUGCAUAUUUUGAUGUCGCAUUUACAAAGUGUCACAAGUUGACUGGCUUCUCAACAGGGCCAAGAUCACGCGCCACACAUUGGAAGCAAACAGUCUUAUACCUGGAAGAUGUACUAACCAUAUGUGAAGGGGAAUCAGUGGUUGGGAGCAUGACCGUGGCACCCAACAAGAAGAAUCCACGUGAUGUAGACAUUGUGCUCAAGUAUUCAUUGAAUGGCCUGAAUUGCCAGGUCUCAAGAACUCAACAUUAUAAAAUGCGUUGAUUUGUGCUCUGAUCCUCCACGACAAGAGUACUAUGAUUCUCUCCUACGUGAUACUUCAUGAGAAGCAAUAUUUUUUACAAACUAUUUCAAGGAGAAAGAGCUCGAUGGUUCUAAAUGUAACAUUUUGUUUUUGUUUUUA